AUGGUGAAAUCGUUGCAGCUAGCCCAUCAAUUGAAAGAUAAGAGAAUUCUACUAAUCGGUGGCGGAGAAGUCGGCUUGACAAGACUAUACAAACUGUUGCCUACUGGUUGUAAGCUGACCUUAGUGUCCCCCAACCUACAUGGUGCCAUUAUUCCAAAAUUUGGGAAAUUCAUUGAAAACGAGAGUCAUCCCGAAUACAGAGAGGACGGUAAACGCAUUGUUAAUCGCAACUGGGAUUCCUCAAAAAAUGAAAUUUAUGAGUACAUAUGCGAUGAAUUCAAAGACGAAUACCUUGACUUAGAUGAUGGGAACGACGCCUGGCACAUAAUACUGACCUGCAUACCGGAUCAUCCUGAAAGUGCCAGAAUAUACCACCUAUGCAAGGAGAAGUUCGGCAAGCAGCAACUGGUUAACGUAGCAGACAAACCCGAACUUUGCGACUUUUAUUUUGGUGCCAAUCUUGAGGUAGGUGACCGCCUGCAAAUCUUAAUCUCAACCAAUGGUCUUUCUCCACGUUUUGGUGCUCUGGUAAGAGACGAAAUCCGUAACAUGUUCACAAAAAUGGGGGAUUUGGCACUAGAGGAUGCUGUCGUCAAACUUGGUGAGUUGAGAAGAGGUAUUAGGAUGCUGGCGCCAGACGAUAAAGAUGUCAAGUACCGCAUGGACUGGGUCAAACGCUGCACAGACCUCUUCGGCAUUCAGUACUGCCACAGAAUCAAUGUGGAACGCCUUCUAGAUCUCUUUAAGACCAUGUUUCAAGACCAGAACUGCUCGUUGCAGUUCCCUCCCAAAGGACAGAUGCUGAGCGAGUACUGCUCGUCUUGA